CCCGCCUCCUUUCCCUGGCACCAAUCAUCCGCCCUCAUUAUCACGACAAGCCCCCGGGCACUCAAGAGAAACCUUCCCUGUCGCUUUUUUACGACGUGUGCCAACCCGCAUCCCCAAAUGCAGGGGGGCCUGUCAAUAGGGGGCCAUGUGACGAGGUGAUUAUUCGUGCACCCGGGGAUACCAGAGCCCAAGGAACUACGAGGAUCAGGGGGGGAACUGGGUUGUGUCUCUUCAUACCGUGUCCUGCCAUGUGUACAAGGCACGGACAAUCUGCGCAUUGGAGCGGAUGGUUGGCCGGUGGACCGAAGUGACAGAAUGGAUGCUGCUGCAGACAAACGCCCGGUUGGGGUGGAAUUGGCUUGGUUGACAGUCAACGAAGACUCCCAGACCCUCGUUCAGCAGAUGAUCGGCAGUGCACGAACUGUGAACGAUUCAUGUCCGAGGCUCUCGAACAGACCCUCGUCUACGAGUAUGGAUUGUGAACUAUCCGCUGGCAUUAACCACUGGCACUAUCCACUAUUCUUUCCACCAAGCUCUCAAGCUCCUCAUGGAGAAGGGACAAUCGCUCUUCUCCCAAUGCGGCAAUAUGCCGCUAGCGCGUCUCCCAAGCGGCCGACCCGUGACGGCGACCGCAAAAUUGUUUCGCGAGGAAACAUUGCCCCCCUGUCUCAGUGGAGCAUCGAUGGAUCUCUUUCUUCCUCCCAUGAUCCAUCGCGAACUCUAUAUUUUGAGUUGUUAAGUGGAUCGAUUCCCGUGUGAUCGCUAGUCCUAGCGGGUAGCCCGGACUUGGAAGGUCCACGUUGAUGCCACAAAAUUCCUCGCGGCAGGCCCGCCGGCCUGGUACCGACCUCUUGGGGCGUCAUGACUUGGAUUAUCCUCGGAGCGCCCGAUGAUUUGUAGUUGAUUGAUUACCCGAGGAAAAAAAGAGGACCAUUACCUCCGGAACUUUUGGGGAAGAGAUUAACGGGAUGGACAAUAUGCUUUGUUGGCCCGCUUAGGAAAGCCCCAACUUUGCCGCGCCCGCAUUCCCGCCUCGUUCUACCAAUAAGCCGGGCGUGAGAUCCGAGACAUUGGACAAGGCAACUCGCCUAGCAUUCCCUGAAUAUGGUUAGUGAGAAAAAAAAAAAAAAACAAGCGAAGGGUAGAUUGACUUUGUGGUUUAUUGGUAUGAGUGGAUUGAGUCUCGUUUAGCGAGUGUUUACUACAUGUCAAAGCUACUACUAGGAAGCUUCUGGCUGUCUUCGCCGACCAUGCUUAUCGGACACAAGGUUUACUUUACAUGUGGCAGAUAUCACCGUUAGACACCUGGAUCCACGUUUCGACUUGCCAAAGGUAGUCCUUGCUUGUAACAGUUGGAGCUUAGUUAUUCUCCAGGUGCAGUAGAUCAGUCUGCAGAGCUCAAUAAUCU